AUGUCGACUCAAACGUUUCGCGGCAAAAUUCUUCGAGCACAGCGAAACCUGGUGGUUGUUCUCAUGGUAUCGUUCUUGGGUGGCAUCGCUUACGGUAGGUGAAAUAACUUUCCACUAAGGUUUUGAUCACGGGACGUUUCUACUUUACCAAAAUUUCAUGUUUUAGUAACACCCUUCAAGACUGAAUGUACGAAGAAACUUCUCAUCACCAGGCUGUUAUCCUUUGAAUUGUGGAAAGGGGGCUCUGGGAACGAGUUUGGACUGAAAAAGACCUGUUAACGACUGUUGUUAUGGUCCGAGCUUAGUUCCCAAGUCUCUAGAUAGGAUUGAGGUUCAAGGUAAUAUUUCAGACGCUUUUCAUUGAUCGAUCGAUAAACGUUUGUUGCUUCUCACAUUUAAAUUAAUCCAUGGUAAUUCAACCAAUUUUUUCGUUAAAAUUACGAUCACCCUCAUCCUCAAACCUGUCCAAGGGCUUGGUAACUUGGCUUGGUAGCGUACAGAUUGGCUCUUGUGAUCCCCAAUACAAGAGAAUGAGAUAACAGAUUGUUCAAAUGUCCCAUGAACAGAAUACAUGCAGUAAAUCAACAAUUCCUACUCCAUACUAAUCUCUCCAAGAUUUUCCAAACGCGUGGGUAUCCCAGGGAGGCCCGUUUCUAAAAACUUUCUCCCCUUGCCUCCAAAACACUCUUCACAUACAAAAAACAAAGCGACAACCACGACCUUUGCGUAAUCAACCAAGAGAAGCGCAGCGUAAAAGCAAGAAACACCUCUUUAGUCAAACUUCACGAUUUCACGGGUGUCGAAAGAAUUCCAAAUAUUUCAUUUUUUUAUUUUCAUUGCUCUUUGAUAUUUCGAUUUACCGGAUUUUAGGCACGUCUGUAUGGACGUAUUUGGUAGCCACCCCUCCGUAGCUCUUGCACAUGUAUAAAUACAUGAAUAAAUUAAAUAGUUCGACUUCUGGCCACAUGAACCACUGAUAUGCAUUGGGGGGUGGGGAGAGUAGCCCUAUUUGCUCGUUAGGCAGGUACUUCCCCUCAUAACAUUCACGAGAGAGGUGGUCCGUUAUGUACAAUAUCACUCGUGCUUCAUUUGGAAAGAAAAUAAAAAUAGAGCAAACUUAGUUUUAACUUCCGAGGUUUUCACAUGUAUCUUUAAAUUCACAGGUUUACUUUCCAUUUUGAGAAAUUCUGCAGUGCUCAUUGACUCAAAAUCGGCCUGCCUCAGAGAUGCAUUUUCAGACAUCGUGUUGGUAAUUGUUUACAACUAUCCUUUCUACUCAAGUAUUCCAGCGCUCACUGCCUUAUACAAGCAUGCAUUUCCCACGAUAAUGUUUUGCGGACCGCGAAAGACUAAGGACUACACUGUGGAGGCUUUGUACAUUAACAAAGGAUACUUCUCCUACACGUGCAUGUCACGUGCCAUGGAGAAACAUCCGGGGUAUACAGGAUAUUUACUUAUCAACGAUGACGUUUUAUUGAACUAUUGGAACUUCGUUGGUAUGGACCGGGACAAAAUCUGGGAAGGGCCGAAGGGAACGAUAUUACUUUUUAACUACACUCAGCCUGCAAAUUGGUAUUGGUGGAAUUCCACAUGGGGAAUGAAAACCUGUCAAAAAUCUUACGAUGAAAUCCGGGGUUUGGGCAAGUCCUUGAAAAAUGAAUGGUUGCCAACUAUGAUUGAUGAUAAUCACAACGACGUACUGAAUGCAAAUGCUCCAUGGAGCCCGAUAUGGGACAUGGAGGGGUCGAUAGAACUUUUGAAACAGAAUGGAAAUGGAACGUUAAACUGCUACCGCGGUCGCUCCGACAUAUUUUACAUACCCGGUAAAUUUUCGGAAGCGUUUCAAACACUCUCCUAUAUCUUCUACAAGCACCAUUCAUUCUUAGAAAUUGCAGUUCCUACCAUGUGUCGUAUGCUUGACAAGGUAGAGAAUUUUAAGUUUAUCCCUGGGAUUUACCUGCCUGGAAAAGCGGGGGAACCCUUGGUUAGAAAGGCUGAGCAUUUCUGGAAAUCGUAUGACGAGAACUUGGCGUUCAUUCAUCCUUUGAAACUUAACUAUGAGCUUGAUGGAAUUCUAAACAUGGCUUUAUUGAGAAACAGGAUGUUGAAGUAUAGUGACAGCAUUAGUAAAUGCUAA